AUGUGGGGUGCGGGGGUAAAGGUGGGCUGGAGGGCUCCUUCUGGCCUGGACCACGAAGAUGAUGAAAACCAGGAGGAGGAAGAGGAGGAAGGGGAGGUGAAGGCCAUCCCCUCGUUUGUGCCUAACGUUUGUUUUCUCUUUUCUUUGCGCAGGGACGGGCGUAUCCACGAGGGGGAUCAGAUCCUGGCCAUCGAUGGCCAGCCCCUGGACUCGAACAUCUCCCACCUGCAGGCCAUCAGCAUCCUGCAGCAGGCGCGCGGGCUGGUGGAGCUGGUGGUCGCGCGCACUGACGACUCGCCCCAGCAGGCCGCUGGCGGCGCCGACCAGCCCAGCGGCGUCGCGUCCGGGCCGCUCCAGCCCGCCGCGCUCGCCGCCGCCGCCGCCCCCGCGCCACCCUCGCCGUCGGCCGUCAGUGACACCUCCAAGGCCGGCUCCGACAUGGUGCUGAACACAGAGUGGGCGCAGGUGGAGGUGAUCGACCUCAUCAACGAUGGCUCCGGGCUCGGCUUCGGCAUCAUCGGCGGCCGCAGCACCGGGGUCGUCGUCAAGACCAUCCUCCCCGGCGGCGUGGCGGACCGGAACGGCCAUCUGCAGAGCGGCGACCACAUCCUGCAGAUCGGCGACGUCAACCUGCGCGGCAUGGGCUCGGAGCAGGUGGCCGCCGUGCUGCGCCAGUCCGGCAGCCACGUCCGCCUCGUGGUGGCGCGGCCCGUCGAGACCAACUCGGCCGACUACCAGGGCGGCGGCGUGCUGGCCGGCCCGCUCGGCGGCGGCAUCGGCAUGCCGCCCGUCGUGCCCACCAAGAUCCUGGGCGACCCGGAGGAGCUGGACCGCCACCUGACGCGCAACGGCUUCCCCAACACCUUCACGCCGCAGGCCUCCAUCCUCGACUCGUACGACAACCACUUCAUCUUCCGCGAGGACGGCGGCGGCGGCGGUGGCGGCGGCGGCGACAUCGAGCUCAUGCCGACGGGGCCCAUGGCCGGGCUGCCGCUGCUCACCAUGGAGAUGAUACCCUCCGAGACGCUGCCCGAGAUGGAGACCUUCACCGUCGACCUCAAGAAGGACGUGCACGGCCUCGGCAUCACCAUCGCCGGCUACGUGUGCGAGAAGGAGGAGCUGUCGGGCAUCUUCGUCAAGAGCAUCAGCGAGGGCAGCGCGGCCGACCUGUGCGGCAAGAUCCAGGUCAACGACCGCAUCGUCGAGGUGGACGGGCGCUCGCUGCAGGGCUACACCAACCACCAGGCCGUGGAGGUGCUGCGCAACACCGGGCAGACCGUGAGCCUGUGCCUGGAGCGCUACCUGCGCGGCCCCAAGUUCGAGCAGCUGCAGCAGGCCAUCGCCAACAGCGAGCUCAAGCCCACCGCCGCGCAGGCCCCCGCCUCGCCGUCGGCCGCGUCGCUGCCGCGCUUCCCCAUCAACGCGGACGGAGAGAGCGUGGUGGAGAUCGAGAUGGAGGGCGAGUCGCACACCACCGUCGACUCGCUCGUUAUGGAGGCCGCCGAGGGCAACAGCGUGGACGUCGACCUGGAGGACGUCGAGCUGCUCAUCGACACCGAUUACGCGGGCCCCCUCAAGACGACCGUGGAGGCGGCCAUCCAGGCCAAGUGGAGCAAGAUCAUGGGGCCUGGCGUCGAGAUUGUGGUGAGUGUCGUCGGGUUGCUCAGGACGGGUCACCCCUAG